UCGAUUUUCGUGGCCUCACUUCAUUUUGAUGUCGGCGUGCCACCUUAGCGGAGGGUCCACGGUCUUAUAUGUCUUGUAUGUCGAUGGUACUGGACCGUCAACGCUGUGAAGUCAAGUUUUAAACGUACAGCUUGUCCGGCAAAACUGUUAAAGGUGCCUGUCAGUGCCUGUACUCCGUCGUUCAUGUUUAACCGACUGCAGUCACUUCAGUCAUCCGUUGCGGCAACCCGAAAUUCCUGUACUCUCCUAUAACUCUGCCUAUAGCCGCUGAGAGUAUAGUACUCGUCGACAGUUGAUCGCUAUUCUUUAGCACACUGCAGUAUUCGACGCUUAGGCAGAACCUUGUUUUGUUAUGGUCUCUCCCACAAGUGGGACACAGGCCCCUGGAAGAGCGCGAUAAGUUUCGUUCGGACAGUCCUUAUCGAAGCGCGCCAGGUACUGCGCGAUUAUCCUGUGCAAGUACGUGCAAGACUCUGGCCUCCUCGUGGAAUUGUGCUGGACGUCGUGCAGCAAGUGUGCCGUGUACGAAUACGUUAGACGAACAAGGGCGGCGAAGAAGAAGAAGAAGACGAAGACGAAGAAGAAGAGAAGAAGGAAGAGGAAGAUCCGCGAUAGGGACGGCGAUAGACCACUGCAGGACACGAGCAUCGCUCAAAGAGUCGUGUGCAGUAUGCGUAAAGUUUGCGAAUCGCGAGUAUUAUGGCUGCAAGAGAGGCCAACGCCACGAAGCCUCGUCAAGAGAAACAAUACGAUUACCUUUUGAAGUUUCUUCUGGUCGGCGACAGCGACGUGGGAAAACAAGAAAUCCUUAGCGGCCUGGAGGAUGGUGCGGCAGAAUCGCCCUUUUGCAGUGGCAGUGCAUACAAAACUACAACGAUUCUUCUGGAUGGUAAACGAGUAAAACUACAACUCUGGGAUACAUCGGGCCAAGGGAGAUUUUGUACGAUAAUUAGAUCGUAUUCGCGUGGAGCGCAAGGCAUACUUCUCGUAUACGAUAUAACUAACAAGUGGUCUUUUGAUGGUAUCGACAGAUGGCUUAAGGAAGUCGAGGAGCACGCACCGGGAGUACCGAAGGUACUAGUCGGUAAUCGUCUUCAUCUUGCCUUUAAAAGACAAGUUGGAGAACGUGAGGCUGAGACAUACGCAGCGAAAAAUCGUAUGGCCUUCUUUGAGGUCUCACCGCUGUGCGACUUCAACAUCCGUGAGAGUUUCUCUGAGCUAUCCCGAAUGGCGCUUCAUCGCAAUGGCAUGGAAAGGCUCUGGCGUUCGAAUAAAGUCCUCAGCCUCCAAGAGUUGGCCUGUCGGGCUAUCGUAGCGAGAACUACCGUAUACGGUAUUGACCAGCUCCCAUUACCGAUAUCCAUAAAAUCCCACCUAAAGUCGUACGCAAUGACGACGACCACCUCUCAGCUUCGAUACAACAAUGGGAAUCGUUCCCUGAGCUCAAGCAAGAAUCUGGGCUCUCAUCAUCGGAAACUAAGAAUCCAAGUUACACCAAACCAUAACGGAGCCACAACGCCGGGCAGCUCUCCUGCUGGCAGCAUCGCAGAUACGCGUACGAGCUGCGUUGGUAGAAACUCUUGCGUAAUAUCCUGAGGGUAAAGCUUAGAAUCGUCCCUUACAUAAAUCAACAACCCAUAAAAAGACUAUCCAGAGCGAACGAGACAAGAUAUUCCUGAUAAAGAUAAGAAAGCGCAGGUACGAGAGAAAAGAUAUUAAGGAACAUUUCAUUUAAGGAAUUUUAUUUCCAUGUAAAUAUUUCUUUGUCAGCGCAGUAUCCGACACGCAUUCUAUAAUGCCAGGCAAUGCCAAGCGAUCGAGUCAAUGCCCAUGGUACAUGAAGUUGAGGAUGCAUCGAGCACGAAAUGACUCCAUGAACGAGUGUACCUCUGAUUCUUUUCAUAUACACUCGAUUAACACUUCUCGCAUUAAAUGGUACGUGCAAGCGAGUACUGAAAUAGUUACUCACUUGAUGGCUUGAGUUCUUAACGAAAGGCGUACUUACACGAUCUUCUGCCUCAGAAACGAAAGUACGAUGACGCCAAGUAAUGCACUUUUCCAUGCUUACUAACACACGACGUCCAGUCCUUUAAGAUAUUAUUCUUCCACGAUGAGGACAUUCUCGUGCGUAUAUCACUACAAAAAUCCAUCAAAUACAUACGGAAUAUACUGAGUAAUAUCCGUUGUGAUUAUUUAUAUGUACAGAACGUUGUAUUAAUCACGUUCGAUCAUCUUGUCUUUUUUUUUUACUACGGUCUCGUGCCACAACCAGAUAGCAGCUAUCAGCGGUUCACCGUAGCAAGUGGUGACUACUAGUAUUCUGUGAGAGACAACUAUGGUGUACAAACUUCAUUCUACCUACUUUAAACCUAUUAUAUUAGAUACUGAUUGGGGGCGGCUGACAGUGACUCGUCGUCGAAAACAUCAGUUUUUGUACUUACCUGUGAUCAGUGCGUCGAGUGAUGAAAUGUAAAGAAAAGUGAAUGACAAAUCACUGGCAACACCAAUGUGAAGUUGAGUUGACUAAACUACAAAUGAUAAUGUCUUGGCGUUUCAGUGACAAAUUUUUGAGAAAUGACUCGUCUUGUGAAGGCACGUGCACAAUGUAUAUCUACGUACGGUGUACACGGUUCACCAAGUUAUAUACGCGCAUGUAUAUAAUACUUAUUGUUAUUACAUUAUACGCAAAUUGGAUGUACGUAUUUAUUCAUGAUUGUACUAACGAGACUAAUAAAUAUCUCGUAAUGUCGUACUGCAACUGAAA